AAGAACAACAAACAAAACUCUUUUUCUUCUCCUUUUUUUUUCAUCACUGUCAUAAUUCCCAUUUUACCCUCUCUUUAAUUUCACCGCCACCAUGGCUGCCGCCGCCGCCGCCGACUCCGCCGCAGACGGCGGCGCCGUUGCCGGAGUUCAGAUCCAACAGAGUCGUAGGUUGCCUGAUUUCCUUAACAGUGUAAACUUAAAGUACGUUAAAUUAGGUUACCAUUACUUGAUCUCUAAUUUGUUAACUCUAUGUUUGAUUCCAGUAAUGGCUGUGAUAUUAAUCGAAGCUUCACAAAUGAAUCCUGAUGAUAUACUUCAUUUAUGGUUACAUUUGAAGUAUAAUCUUGUAUCAGUUAUUAUUUGUUCUGCUGUUUUAGUAUUCGGAUCCACUGUUUACAUCAUGACCCGACCACGACCCGUUUAUUUAGUUGAUUACUCAUGUUAUAAACCUGAUGAUGAACUUAAAGCUCCUUAUGAAAGGUUUAUGCAGCAUUCGCGUUUAAUUCGCGAUUUUGGUGAGUCAUCACUUGAGUUUCAGAGGAAGAUUCUAGAACGUUCUGGUCUAGGGGAUGAGACUUAUGUACCUGAGGCUAUGCAUCAUGUACCCCCACAGCCUUCGAUGAAGGCUGCGAGGGAUGAAGCUGAACAAGUUAUGUAUGGUGCUUUGGAUAAGUUGUUUGCGAAUACGAAUGUGAAACCUAAGGAUAUUGGUGUUCUUGUUGUGAAUUGUAGUUUGUUUAAUCCGACCCCGUCGUUAUCAGCUAUGAUUGUGAAUAAGUAUAAGUUGAGAGGGAAUAUUAGGAGUUUUAAUUUGGGUGGCAUGGGUUGUAGUGCUGGUGUGAUAGCGGUUGAUCUUGCUAAGGAUAUGUUGCAAGUGCAUAGGAAUACGUAUGCUGUUGUUGUUAGUACGGAGAAUAUUACUCAGAAUUGGUAUUUUGGGAAUAAGAAGAGUAUGUUGAUACCGAAUUGUUUGUUUAGAGUUGGGGGUGCUGCUGUUUUGCUGUCUAAUAAGUCCGUGGAUAGGAGGAGGGCGAAGUAUAAGCUUGUUCAUGUUGUUAGGACACAUCGUGGAGCUGAUGACAAGGCGUUUCGUUGUGUUUAUCAAGAACAGGAUGAUGCUGGGAAAACUGGGGUUUCUUUGUCGAAAGAUCUCAUGGCAAUCGCCGGUGGAGCGCUUAAGACGAAUAUCACUACCUUGGGUCCGCUUGUUCUACCCAUCAGCGAGCAGCUUCUGUUCUUUGCUACUCUGAUAAUUAAGAAAAUAUUCAAUAAGCAUGUGAAGCCUUAUAUUCCGGAUUUCAAGUUGGCCUUUGAUCAUUUCUGCAUACACGCUGGCGGAAGGGCUGUUAUUGACGAGCUGGAAAAGAACUUGCAGCUGACGCAGGUUCACGUUGAGGCAUCUCGAAUGACACUGCACCGAUUUGGAAAUACUUCAUCCAGCUCGAUCUGGUAUGAGCUGGCGUAUACAGAGGCCAAAGGAAGAAUGAGGAAAGGUAACAAAGUUUGGCAGAUUGCAUUUGGAAGUGGUUUUAAAUGUAAUAGUGCUGUUUGGCAGGCACUACGGAAUGUAAAGCCUUCUCCCAAUGGUCCCUGGGAGGAUUGUAUCCACAGGUAUCCUGUAAAAGUAGUCCAAUAACACGGAAGAAAUCAUGAUUAGGCAAGUUCAAGCUUCAAGGUUGUCUGUCGCUGCUUCAGUUGUCCAUGGCCUCUUAAGUUACAUUGUACUUCAUGGCGCCUCUUUGCUUGAAGCGGAGUGAUUCUCUGCUUCCAAUUUUUUUACUUUUUUUUUUUUUUACUAUUCAAGAAUCAAGUAUCAUUUUUCCUUUUCCUUUUUCUUUUCUUGGUUAGGACCUUAUGCUAAUUUGUGUUGUACCAUUUUAACCUUUUACUCCUAUGACUUUAUAUAUGUAGUGAGUUAAAUUUGUAAUUGUAGUUAUCUUUCCUCAAUGAACAUCUCUUCAUGACUGAA